AUGAUCUCAACAUCAACACUAAAGCCAAUCAAGUUAUACUCACUAAAUACACCUAAUGUUGCCAAGGUGUUCAUAUUACUUGAGUUACUAGAACUUCCUUAUGAAUCUAUAAAGGUGAAUAUUGCCAAUGGUGAUCAGUUCAAGGAUGAUUUCAUCAAGAUCAAUCCAAACAGCAAGAUACCUGCCAUCGUUGAUCCAAAUGUGCCAGAGGGUAAGAGUCCUAUUGUCCUAUUCGAGAGUGGAAACAUCUUGAUCUAUUUGGCCAAGACCUACGCCAAUGGCAAAUACCUUCCAAAUGAAACAACACAUACACAAGAGCAUUAUGAAGUCUUGGGUUGGGUAUUCUUCCAGAUGGCAUCACUUGGACCAAACUUGGGACAGUACACUCAUUAUUCAAAGUAUGCUGAGGUCAAGUAUGAGUAUCCAAUCAAGAGACAUUACAAUGAGGUGAGAAGAUUGUUCCAUGUUCUUGAGCGUCAACUCAUCAAGCAUGCCUAUGUUGCUGGAGAUGAGUUAACAAUUGCAGACAUUGCAAUCUAUCCAUGGAGCAAAUUCAUCAAUACACUACCUGAUAUCACUGAGCAAGACUAUCCCAAGUUAUAUGAGUAUCACAACAGAAUUGCUCAGUUGCCAGCUGUCCAAACUUACAAGAAGUAUGAUGAUGAGCUCACUGCACAGAGAACAGCAUUCACCGCUGAACAACGCAAGAUAUUAUUCGGACGUGACAAGUAG